CCAAACAACUCCCUUUUUCAUUUCUCUUUCUCAGAAUCCAAACAACUCUCUCUGUUUCUCUUUGUCAUGGCUCCUGCAUCAAAGAAGGCCAUAACAAGGUCAAUAGCCAUAGCUUCACGGUCGUGUGCCAUUUUUGUUGUUGGGCUUAUUUUCUUGAGCUCUUUCAGAGACUAUUCACUGGUCAUGGAUGAUGAGGCUGCAGUGAGAGGUGGACACCAUCUGAUAAGCCGACGACCACCGUGCGACGAAAUCUACGUAGUCGGAGAAGGAGAGACCCUCCACACCAUCAGUGACAAGUGUGGUGACCCUUUUAUUGUGGAGCAGAACCCUCAUAUUAAUGACCCUGAUGAUGUUUACCCUGGACUUGUUAUCAAGAUCACUCCAUUUUCAAACUCUCGCGGCUAGUCUCGCCUACCUUAGAACAACUUUGUGUUGCUUUCGUUACUAUAUAGUUCUUAUCAGUAUUCUUUCUUUAAUAGCUUAAUGUAAACAGAGCAUUUUUGCUUUUGAAGAUUUUUUUUUUUUUUUUUUUUUUCCUUGGGAUCUAUGAAAGAUUCUGAGUGUGUGUAUCUUGGUGAAUCACAUCAAUAUAUACUCUAUGCGCGUAUGAUUCCAUUUCCAUUUCCAUUUCCAUCAAUGUUUGUGUUUAUGUAAGAAGGGGAGACAAAUAUAUACUCUGAAUCUGAAAAGACAAGGAUUUUUAAUUUCCUUAUUUAUUUACGUGUGUUUGCUUCUUAAUUAAUUUAUUUAUUGAAUUAUUAUUAUUAUUAUUAUUAUUUUUUUGGCUGAGAUAAGAACUUGGGAAAUUAUAAUAUAGUACCAAAGAGAAAUAAAACCAAUUUUAUACUAUAAAUUGUUUUUUUACUUCAAUUGUUCUUGAGUCUUGACUGAAAUUUAAAUUUUGAUUCUUAAAAAACAAUUAUGAUCAAAG